AUGGUAGAUCCUAAAAUCCAAUCAGCUCACGCUAAUAUAUCCAAAAGAAAAAUUGUUAGUUUUUCAGAAAAAUUAACUAGUUCACUACCUAAUGAUCUGGAAGAAUUAACUAAUUUACCUUUACCUAAUGAUCUGAUAUUUCAUUUGGAAGAUUUUGUGGAUAUUAGCAAUGAAAAACCACAAGAAUCACAUGAAGAAAGAUAUCCAUUUUUGUAUAGAAUAAACCUACCAAAAACUUUCAAACAUCCUAAUGGAAAAAAAAUAAAAGUUGCUGUUAUAUGUUGCUUUUGCGAUAUUCCUGCCAUAAGAAAGCUUUGCGGAUAUAUAUCUGCAAAAGUUGCAUGUUACAGGUGUUUUAAACAUGCUGAUUAUGAUGAUAACAAUCAACUUAACUUUGGAGGACUUGAUGAUAUGAAUGACUGGUUUAAAGAAAGAGAUACUAAGGAAAUUAGAAAUAAUACUUCUGAAUGGAAAAAUUGUAGAACGGAAGAAGAGCGUCAGAAACAUUUAUCAAAUACCUUA